UUUUUUUUUUUUUUUAUCUCCUUCGUCCAUUUUCCAUUCCAAUUCCAGUUUCCGCCUUUUGUGUUUCUCUUCCGAAUGGGUACUGCAAUCCAACUCUGCGUCACUUCAAAUCCUGCUCAAGGUAGAAAAUGCAAGUACGAAGGUCAAUCAGUGAGAGCACUUCCUAUACGUAUAUUGUCAGUGGGGAAGAAGCGAUCACGUGGACUGCAACUCAUGGUUGAUGAGUAUGCUGAUAAGCUCAGGUACUAUUGCAAUGUUGAGGAUGCUCAAAUACGGCCAAAUCCUCGAAAUGCACGUGACCAAAGGGCUCAGGUUGAUGCCGAAGAUGAGGCAGUGAUGAACCUUAUAAGGUCUGAUGAUUGGGUUGUGAUGUUGGAUGAACGUGGGCAAGACAUUGAAUCUGAGCAAAUGGCAGAGUUGGUGGGUGAUGCAGGAAAUACUGGUGCUUCACGAUUAUCCUUCUGUAUUGGUGGGCCCUAUGGUCAUGGAAGAAAAAUGCGGCAACGAGCUAACUUAUCAAUCAAGUUAUCUUCACUGGUCUUGAAUCAUCAAAUAGCAUUACUUGUGCUCAUGGAACAGCUUUACAGGUCGUGGACAAUUUUAAAAGGACAAAAGUAUCAUCAUUAGAUAUCCUUUCUUAUUUUGUUUAUCUAUAUGUCUUUUAUGAUCAGUUGAGCGUCCCUCUGAACCUUCUAUCUCUUGUCUUCUAUUCAACAUUAUUUUCUUCUUUUGAAUUUUGGGGUGAACUGAUGAGUAGUCUUGUGUAUAGUUGAAUUUGAUUAUUUGAGUGUAUAUAUGAAGUGACGUGAAAAAUCUUGAGGUGGUUGUUUUUCUUGUUUAAUUUGUUCCAUUAUUAAUGAGGAAGGAAGGGUGUUUCAUUUA